AUGAGGGACGUUCUUGGCGCUGUUCACAUCCUUUUCCGCCUUAUCGUCAAUCAGAUGGUGAAGACCAUCUCUUUCCCCUUCCCUCUAAACUUUUUCUUCCUCACCGACGCCCUUCCUAUUCCUCCGCCAGCCAGUACCGGUACUCUUUCACACAAACACGCCAACUCUUACAUCAUCACAACUAAUCCAACCCUUCCAUUUUAUCCUUUUCUUUCUUUCUUCCCUCCCCUCUCUUCCCUCCCUCUUCUUCCUCUCUUCCCUUUCCCUCAACAUCCACCCGUUUGGGUGCCCCUCCGUUACCCGGUAAAUAUGAGUCACUCAACUACUACCUCCUCGCGCAAGGCCCCUGGUGCGGCGGACUGGGAGAAGAAGGUGGAUGAGGUCAAGGUGUCCAAAGCAGACCUUAACACCUUGGUCAUGAAUUAUCUCAUUAUCGAGGGGUAUAAAUCAGCUGCUGUCAACUUCGCUCAGGAAGCGAAUAUGUCACCUCAGGUUGACCUUGAUUCUAUCCAAGAACGGGUUGAUAUUCGCCAUGCAAUCCAUCACGGGGAUAUCCAGACUGCAAUUGAAAGAAUCAAUGAGCUUCAUCCAGAUCUUCUUGAGACGAACCUUCCUCUACAUUUUUCACUCUUGAGACUUCAGCUUAUCGAAUUGAUUCGAAACUGCACCCAAUCCCCUGACGGUGACAUCUCCGAAGCGUUGGCAUUUGCUACAACUCAUCUGGCGCCUCGAGCACCCGGCAAUUCAAAAUUCUUACAAGACCUUGAGCGCACAAUGGCCCUUCUAUGUUUCCCGAUGGAAAACCUGGCUCCUCCCCUCGCAGAACUGAUGGACCCAGCACUGCGAAGACAAGUAGCGGCUAAAGUCAACGAAGCGAUUCUCGAAGUACAGGGCGUACCCAAGGAAGCCAAGAUUCGCCGCCUGGUCAGAUUGAGGGCAUGGGCCGAGCAAAGGAUGAGGGAUGGUCAUAGAGAAGUGCCUAAUAUGGACUUGGGGUUAGAUGUUACAUCACAGACAUCUCAUGAUGCGAUGGGAGUCUAAUCGCCCCAGAAUAAUGACUUCAAUGAAAUGGGUAUGGGAAUACUGGUGUCCACUGAUGUUUUUUUCCCUGUUUUUUCUUUUCCAUUCUUUUUUUUUUUCUUUUUUUUUUUUUCUUUCUUUCCUCGCAGUGUUUUAUGGAGUUGUGUGUGUUAUCUACUAUGGUGCUCUUCUCUUUCUCUCACGUCGGCAUUGGGGUUGGAAUGGCGUUCUCUACUGGUGCAAUUGUAAACAUGUUAGCUUAAACAAAAAACAAUU